GUCGAGAAGCACUGGAGGCGAUGCCAUCUUCAGAUGCAUUCUGUGAUGAGAAGCAGCCUACAAAUGCUCGCGGGGCCCGUGACAACUUCUUGUCCGCGGCAGUGCUUGGGAACAUGGUGUCACUGGGAUCGGACGCUGGAAAUGCUGGGAUGAUGGCGGUACGCCAUGCCCGACUGAUCCAGCAGCUGAUUUUGGCGUCGGGAAACGAAGCCAGCAAGGCGUACGAGAAGUGGCAAAGACGCGGCAAAACAACUGUGGCCUACGGCAGCAAAACCAACAACGAAGACUUUUUGCAGAACGAUGUACGAAAAGCGGGAAAUAAAUUACGUCAGCGGAGACGAGGAAACCUUUUGGCACGCUUGGAGACAACGGAGGUCGUCCCAGCCACAUCUGAGACCCGUUUACGCCGUGGCACCUCAACACAAGAAAUCAAUGAAGCUCAGACGAGUGGAGAGCCGGCGGACGAAGAUGACACAUCAAAGAGUGAGGAGUCCGAUGAAGAUAGUUCCAGCGACGCUACGACAUCCAGCACGAGCAGUGAUGACUCUGAAGAUGAGGUACCAGGUCUGGGUUUCAUGCGUGUGGCCGGGAGAAGUGGGCGAAGGGCCUCCCUGAACGCGGAUCAAAUGCCCAUGUUGGCACAGAGAAAGCAGCGAGGGAGAGCCGCGCUGCGUCAGCCGUCGGUGGUCGCCAGGGAGUCCUCCACAGAGGUCCGAAAGCAGCGACAGUCUCAAGUUGGACACUGGGGUCAGUUGGCUGGUUUGGCACGAAUGAUGAUGCCAAUGAGCCAUGAUCAAGGAGCUCGGGCAAGCAUUCUCUUCCCAGACGGGUCAGGUGGCCUUGGCUCAGCAAGGCGCUUAUCUGAAGGCAAAAGUGAGGAUCAAAAUGAGGCUGAUGCCCCGGAUGAGUCAGGCGACUCACGACGGAAGCUUCCCGAGGUCUUUGGAAUCCACGUCUCCAAAUCUCCACACAGGACGAUGCAGUGGCAAGAACCAGUCGCCACCUUGAAGCGCUUGCACCUAGAUGUUGCAGCCAGAUUGGGCUUGGAUGCAGAAGCCGGCGAUUGGGAUCCAGAUCAAACCUACCAGAUGAGCAUCGCCAAGUUUGAAGAGUUGGCGGAGCAAAAACUGCUGAGAAGACAACAGAAAGCAGCUAUCUGGAUCCAAGCCAGGUGGCGUAGCCAACGGAUUCGCCGGCCACUGCGCCAGGUCAUUUACAAGCGAUUGGAAGCUCGGCACAAGAUCCGGGCCUGGAUCCGCAAGGUUCUUCGAAGGAAGAAAAUUGCUGACAAAAUGGUGCAUUUGCGCAUGUGCAUUAUCAGCACCAUCAAGAUACAGGCCAACGUGAGGCGUUGGUUGGUCAAGAAGGAGAUGGGCUCCGCCGUAGCCUUCCAUCAGGUGCAGUUUCGCAUGGCUGCCCUUCAAGAAAGGCUCUACCCCGCUGAGGAAAGAGAACGUGACCGUGAAGCCAAUGAGAGGUUGAUGAUGAGCGAGGAGGAGGAGCUGUCCCAGCGAGCUGAGAGCGCAAGGAGAAAGCACGAGGCAGACCGACAAAGGGCAGUCGCUGUGCUGCAGCCCGCCGUUCGGCGCUGGCUCUCACGGGUCAAAUGUUGGCGACUCCUUCAGGAGCGUGAGAAAGAGCUGAACGAGAACAAACGCUACCGCAGAUUUCGUGAUAGAGAUGAUGAUGAGUAUCGGCCUCUCUCACGCUCAACCUUUGCUUCGGGACCAAGGAGUGGAAUUGGGAGUGUCUUGGAGCCUGCUGGAGUCAAGAAGGUUGGGAGUGGCGGCGAUGGAGACUUUGCAAGGAGUCUUGGAAGUCAGGCGGGCGAGGGUCAUCCUGGAGUUCCUGGGCCCAGUUUCUGGCAUGGCCCUUCGGGCAAAGCUCUUCUGGCGCUGGAGGUCAUUAACGCCACAGUGGCGGAGCAUCGUUCUUCUGGUUCUCAGGCACGGGGCUUCCGGGCACGCGCUUACCGGACACGUGCGAGUUCAAUUGCACUUCCACCUGCACCUCCAGGUUUCCGGUCGGACAUUGCGGGGGCUCGUGGCGGACCAAAAAGAGGCACUCCUCGACUUGUUUCAGUGCCUCCGCCUGUGGGUCGAAAGGUCAAAGAAACCAGGUCCUCUGCUGAAGACUGA